UUGAAAUCAGUGGAAAAGUUAAAAUGAGCUAUCAUUGCGGCCGAGCUGGCAGUCUCGGCUGCCUUGCAGCUUUGAGUGGUUUACCAGGCUUACUUCCUUUAACUCUGUGGUCUUUGCUUAAAAAGGAACUCCGAAAGAAAUUUUUGGUUAAAUUUGGCCCAGAGUUCAAGUUCUGCAAAUACAGAGAAGAAAGUCAAAGUAUUUCAGACAACAGUGUAUUUGCGACAUGGUAUUUUGCAGCGUUGCAUUCAUGCUGGUAUUGGAAAAUGCGUUUAUGCUCUCAUAAUCCUCGUUUUUUAUUUACUACCGAUUAAAAGAAAAAAAAGUGAACUGAUGUCCUCUGUAGUAGACUUAACAAAAUGUUUACAGUUUUUGAUUUGAAGUCCUUACCCACAGCCUUACUGUGUAUCAUUGGAAAAAUCAUUUAGCCUGUAUGUGCCGGAGUUUACCAUAAGGAUAAUAGUACCUUUGUACUGCAAAGAAAUAGUGUAAUUUGCUUAGAAAGGUUGCCGAGUGCUCAACUUCUUUUAAAAGCUGUAGCUGAAUACAAAGCAACAAUCUACUUGGGAUUAUAUUCCUAACGUGCCUUCCUAACGUGCCGUUAGAAAUUUAAGGUGCUAUAGUCUGUGGCAACUGCUUGUCCCUCCUAGAUGUUAGAAAUUUAAGGUGCUAUAGUCUGUGGCAACUGCUUGUCCCUCCUAGUGAAUCAUCGUGGUAGCUUGGAUCUGUGUUGCUACCGUUGUCUUUCUAGGUGAAAUUUAGAGUAUGGUGUUGACCAGUGGAGUCUUGCCUGGCUUGGUAUCUUCCCUGAGAGGUUACCCUGGACAAUAUCUCAGUAGCCAAGAAGCAGCGUUGGAUGUUUAGAUUUCUGAUGCUCUUUGUCUAUAUGUAUAUAUGAGACUACUGACUGUCAAACGCUUCAUACUGCCAACCGGUUUUUGGCAUCCUGUGUUUGCAUUCCUGCAUUUCAGCUGAGCUUUGAGAAGGCUAUAAAUGUAGCAAUUCUGUAAUGCAGCUGACAGCCACUUUCUUCCUUGCUGGGUUCCUCUGCUUGAUCAUUGCCAAGAAAGAAUAUUUGAGAGGCGGUGGCAGCUGGGUAUGCAGUGGGAUGAAACAGGGGUCCCGUCUUGUUCCAGGAUGUUUUCGUCUGCUUUCAAGAGCUUUAAAGUUAUGUUUAAUGUCUAAAACUAGUGUAUUCAAGCCCAUUUCUCAUGGUACUCUGUUUUAGCGUUUUCCAUACGUAAUCAAAUUUGAGUCUGGAUCCUAUGGAUGCAGCCGGCACAGAGUUCUCUUGGUCCUAUAGACUCCAUGGGGCUAUAUAGACCCCAAAGCAUUGCAAUAAAUGAUCAGGGUCUAAAUAGUUUUUCAUUAUAGGAAAAUCUAAUUAUGGGAGUGUUAACCUUUUGGGGGAGCUAUUCAAGUCAAAAGUGUCAGCUAGCACUCAGAUCUAGAGAUGCAUUGAAUAUCUGGUAAGAAGUCAGUUUAUGCUGCAAAACAUCCUUGGAAGCUAGGGAAACUUUGGUACCUUCAUUUUCUAUAUGGAGAAAAUGAAAUGCAGAGUGAUAAGGUGACUUGCUCAUAAUUGCAUGGAAAAGUUUUGAACCAGAGUUAGAGUUACUCCCUUAUAAUGCCAUCCAGUACUCUUAAACAGAGAGAAUUUUUUCCCCUAUCAUUUUGUUUUAAUUUAUAGGCUGGAAAUAUUAUUUUCAUUUUUCUCAUUAUGUUUUUUAUGUUUUUGUUUCUAGGUUAAAGUGAAAAUACCUUUUGGAAACAAAUGUCUGGAUGCUAUUUUUUCUGUCCCAGAGAAGGAAUUAACACACGGAGUGAUUCUUACCCAUGGAGCUGGAGGAGAUAUGAAUUUCCCUCAUUUAGUUUCUUUGGCAGCCUAUCUUGCAUCCCAUGGAGUUCUGUGCCUGCGAUUUACUUGUAAAGGCCUUAACGUUGCUUAUAGGGCUAAAGCAUAUAAAACAGUUGUGGAAUACUUAAAGCUUUCUGAUGAUUAUAAACUUUCAGGUGUCUUCCUUGCAGGCCGUUCCAUGGGCUCACGAGCUGCUGCCUCAGUGAUACGUCAGCUUAGCCAGGAUGGUGAUGAUGACUUCAUUCAAGGCCUAGUAUGUUUAUCUUACCCAUUGCAUCGACCAAAACUUCAGUCCACGCUCCGGGAUGAGGAUUUAUUAUUCAUCAGGUGUCCAGUGCUAUUUGUCUCAGGAUCAGCAGAUGAGAUGUGUGAAAAACAAUUGUUAGAAGGUGUGGCAAGCAAAAUGAAAGCUUCUAAAAAAAUCCAUUGGAUUGAUAAAGCAAACCAUGGGAUGGCAGUCAAAGGACGAACAACAGAUGAUAUAAUGGAAGAAAUAAACACACAGGUUUUUUCUUGGCUCAGAGAAAACAUUGAACUGGAGCACAAAUGAUUAUCAAUUGUUAAGGAAAUGUUAACCUAAGAUAUUACUAAAUAUAGCAGAUUAGAGUUUGUUAUUUCUGAGAGACAGAUUCUUGAAAACAAAUAUUUUCAGAGUGGUCUAAGUGUAAAUACAAGCAUAACUUUGUAUGAAUGUAAAAAUUAUGUAAAAUAAUAAAGAACUAUUUUUAAAGGAAAGACACAAUAUUCAGCACUGGGCCACCAUUCUCUUCUAUAUCUCCAUGCAAAUGCCUGUAUACAGUUAUUGAUCUGCACUACCAAGUAAAUGUGUUUUGACUAAUAUUCAGAGUAAUAUCCUGGGGGAAAAAAUCUAUUUUGAAGCCUCUGAAUUUUUAGGUGUAUUUUAUU